AUUAGCAGCCAGCCACCGACAGCCAGGCAAGACAUAAGCAKGGCUAGACAAGCAAGGAAGCAAUGACUCCAAAUGUGGAUAGRCAGUCUUUUGGKACAGUACACRACUCCAAUGUCUACCUCUCCAUAUUCGCUCUGUUUUGCGUCAAGCUCUUUGUCAAGARCAGCCUGAAUAUUCUCACCCACUUCUARGUGGUGAAGGSGAAUCGGAAGGAGGCUGCGCGCAUUGCAGAAGAGUUUUACGAUUUUGGACAAGGGCACAGGUCAUGGGCGGACCGGUCCCCUCUCCACGAGGCAGCGUGUCAGGGCCGUCUCCUGGCCCUCAGGACCCUACUCUCACAGGGUUACAACGCAAACAUCCCUACCAUAGACCAUGUGACGCCGUUGCAUGAGGCUUGCCUGUCAGACCAUGCGUCAUGCGCCAAGGCGCUUAUUGCAGCUGGUGCCAAUGUAAAUGCCACCACCAUUGAUGGGGUGACGCCGCUGUUCAAUGCCUGCUCAGCGGGCAGUGCCACCUGUACAGAGGUACUGCUGGAAAACGGAGCCAAGCCCCAGUCAGAGAUAUGCCAGCCCUCGCCCAUACACGAAGCCUCCAGCAAAGGCAGAACUGCUUGUCUGGAGGCUCUGAUCACAUGGGGAGCAGACGUGGACUAUGAUAUUCCUCACCUAGGAACCCCCCUGUACAUCGCCUGCAUCUCCUCAGGACUCCAGUGCACACAGAAACUCCUCGAUGGAGGGGCCAAUGUGCAGAAGGGCAGGUUCCUGGAGAGCCCGCUCCAUGCAGCAGCUCAGAAGGACUGUACUGAGAUCAUCAAUGUGUUGUUAGAGUUUGGAGCGAACAUUAACGCUAAAAACCUAGAGCUGAAGAGACCGGUGGAGUCAGCCCCACCUAACAGCGCAGCAGAGGAGACGUUACUGCUGCAUGAAGCAACACCCCAGUCACUAUGUCAGCUGUGUCGUCUCAGUAUCAGAGAUUAUGGGCGAUCUCGACUACACCUCAUCCCUCAGCUACACCCUCCAAUUCUCAAACGCUUCCUCCAGUACAGAUAGAACGCAACGCUCUCUCUCUCUCUCUUUCUGUCUCUGUCCUCUUCUC